UGAUUUCAUCAUUAGCAUCCGGCGCCGGAUUGACGCAGCCCCGAGCCGGGGACUGCUCCCGCCGCCUCCUCCCCGGGAGCUGCAGCCGCCGCCGAGCCGCCUCGCUCCCUCUGUGCCGCGGCUGGGCCGCUCCCCGCCCCUCAGCACCCCUCCCACAUGCGAGCCCGCCCCGGCCGGGUCCUCACCCCGCCCUCCCGCCGCUGGAUUUGCGCCUGGGGCGGCCCCCGACUUUGCGCCCCGUAGUUGAGUUCCGUUUAUGGUCUGAUUUCCGGCCGCCCGCCUGCUCGCCCGGCCGCCCGCCCGUCCCGAUCCCUCCCUCCCCGGGACCCGGAGGAGAGGGGACCAUGCCGGAGCCCGGGCCGGACGCCCCUGGCACGGCUAGCGCGCAGCCCCCGCCGCCGCCGCCCCCACCUCCCGCGCCCAAGGAGUCCCCGUUCUCCAUCAAGAACCUGCUCAACGGAGACCACCACCGGCCACCCCCUAAGCCGCAGCCGCCCCCACGGACGCUCUUCGCGCCGGCCUCCGCCGCCGCCGCCGCGGCCGCCGCCGCCGCCGCUGCGGCCAAGGGGGCUCUGGAGGGCGCCGCGGGCUUCGCGCUCUCGCAGGUGGGCGACCUGGCUUUCCCCCGCUUUGAGAUCCCGGCGCAGAGGUUUGCCCUGCCCGCGCACUACCUGGAGCGCUCCCCGGCCUGGUGGUACCCCUACACCCUGACCCCCGCCGGCGGCCACCUCUCGAGACCUGAAGCUUCGGAGAAGGCCCUCCUGCGAGACUCCUCCCCCGCCUCGGGAACCGAUCGCGACUCCCCGGAGCCACUGCUCAAGGCCGACCCCGACCACAAGGAGCUAGACUCCAAGAGCCCGGACGAGAUCAUUUUGGAGGAGAGCGACUCGGAGGAAGGCAAGAAGGAAGGCGAGGCCGCUCCGGGAGCGGCCGGGGCGAGCGUGGGGGCGGCGGCAGCGACGCCGGGCGCGGAGGACUGGAAGAAGGGCGCCGAGAGCCCCGAGAAGAAGCCCGCGUGCCGCAAAAAGAAGACGCGCACGGUCUUCUCGCGCAGCCAGGUCUUCCAGCUCGAGUCCACCUUCGACAUGAAGCGCUACCUGAGCAGCUCGGAGCGCGCCGGCCUGGCCGCGUCGCUGCACCUCACCGAGACGCAGGUCAAGAUCUGGUUCCAGAACCGCCGCAACAAGUGGAAGCGGCAGCUGGCGGCCGAGCUGGAGGCGGCAAACCUGAGCCACGCGGCGGCGCAGCGCAUCGUGCGGGUGCCCAUCCUCUACCACGAGAACUCGGCGGCCGACGGCGCGGCGGCCGCGGCCGCGGGGGCCCCGGUGCCCGUCAGCCAGCCGCUGCUCACCUUCCCGCAUCCCGUAUACUACUCGCACCCGGUGGUCUCGUCCGUGCCGCUGCUAAGGCCAGUCUGAGGCCCGACAGGGGAGGGGGAGGGAGCGCCCGGCCGCCUUCCCAGAUCCCGGAGGAGACUGGGCCGGGCCGAGGGCGCCGAGACGUCCAGCGGCCUUCGGGAACCGGGGCUUGGGCGCGCGGCCCCGGCCUCCCCUCCCCCAAUCGGUAGCGUUUUGUAAGUAUUUGCAAUGCAUUUUCGUGCAAUUCACCCCUAAUGGAUUUGAGGCGCUUCUCCUCUUACUUUUGGUUUUGGUUAUAUUAAGAAAGAGCAGGAAAAAGACAAAAUUCCCGGGUCGAAGAUUUCGGCUGGCUGAAAGACGUAAAAGGUGCAGUACUACUCCCCAAAUUUGCAUUGCGCUGUGGUUUUUUGGUUUUAUUUUUAGAGAAAUAAGCCCCAGAAACGUAACCCCCUUAGCUUAUUCCUUUUUUUUUUUUAAUAGAACUAUUUUCAGAAGUCCAGACAGAGAGAAAGAGAGAGAGAGAGAGAGAGAGAGAGAGAGAGAGAAUUCAACUUGUGGUACUUUUAUUCCUGGAUUUCUGGGUGUGGUUCUUCCUCUCCACCUCCAGUUAGCCUCCCUAAUUUUCAGAAUCUGGGCAGCCUCUGGGAGGAACCCCGACUCAGGCCACUUUUCCGGCAGAGGUGUGUCACAGGUGACCUCUUUAUCUGUCCCGCUUCGUGACUGAACGAUUCUCUAAAUGUUUAAAGGGAAAAGAUAAGACAGGCCUCAAGCAGACUUCUGAUUGUUGAAACAGCUCCACAUCUGGCCCGGUGUGAGUGGUCUUAUUUAUUAGUAGCAUUUAUUUUGGGGAUUUCAUUUGUUGGUAAAUUAUUAUUAUUACUAGUAUUGCUUUGUGCCCUGUUUCCAGAAAGUCCAUCCAAUAUUUAAAAAAAAAAAUCUGUCUUUUAGCCUCUCCCCCUACCUUUUUGUUCUGCUGUAACUGUUGUACUUUCGAGCUGUGCAAUAUUGUACAAAAUUUCCUGAGAGCCCUGCCUCUUUCUCCAGGGAGAGAAGCAGACGUUUUCACUGUGUAAUCUUGGUCAUUGGUUUAGGAGAAAAUUAAGAAGGGGAAAGGGAGGGGAGGAAAGAAACAGAGAUAGGUAGCAAUGCUCAAAGGAGUGAGAUACGCAUACUGGAGCGCUUUAAGUGAAGGACAAUCAACUUAGGAGAAUUUUAACUUAUUUGAUAUAUGUACAGAUUUCUUGUAAAGUUCACCCUCAAUUCCACAGGGCUCCUGGCUCUGCCCCCCAAUCUGUUUUCUUUUUGUCGGCUACACCUGUUGUUCUGCGAUAGCUUGGUGUUCUCCCCGCCCUGCCCCCCAUCUCCCUCGCCACUACCCGGGUUCAGUCCCUUUUUAAGAAAAAGAGAAAAAAAGCCCACAAAAUAUUGUUACAUUUACUGUUGUCGUGAAAUCGAAUUAAUUAAAAAGAAAAGAAAAGCGAAGCGUUUCGUGUCGCUAGAGUGUGUAAACUUCGGACGAUUUUCCGCAGGGCAGGUGUCUCUGGAAGCCUUUUCUGCCUCGCUCUCUGGCUGCCUCUGCGCUCGCGGAGUCCGAGCUGGACGCACAUCCCCGUAAUCCAGGAGGCGGCAGAGACAGAGGCGGCUUUGUUCCCGA